AUGGAUCACAAAACAUCCCACUUGCCGACAUGGCAGGAUAACAAAACCGCGGGCGAAAAGGCUGGUCCCGCUGGACAAGAUGAGAAAUCGGGUCUUUUGAACGACAAGACGAAGAAUCAACAAACGAUGGAUAUGCAGCAAAUCUUUACCAAUCGCCUCAUGCCUGUCGCAUUCGCUCUCCCGUGGGUGAUGGGGAUGUUAAUUUCGUGGAUCCCAUUCAUCAAGAUCUCGCUUUACAACGCCCCCGAUUUCCUUAUUCUCGCCGCUCUCAUCAGCACCCUCGAGGUCCUCAGCAUCGUCGCAGUCUUUAUCUUGACAUCCCUCCGCCCCUCAAUGCUCGACACCGAACCUAGCGCCAGCACGACUCUCAAAGAGAAAUUCUUCCGCGCGUGGUUCUGGUUCUUAUUCAUCAGCCCUUUUAUUACUGGAACAAUGGUUGUCUUGAUGGCGAGCGACAUUUCGUGCGAUCCGGAAGAUGAUCUGGAUAUGUUUCAACCAAUCUGCCAAGUUGGCAUCCGUCUCAUUAAAGCGACUGCUCUGUGUCGCGCUGGAAUUAUAGCGACAUUUCUCUUUGCUACCUCUUCAUAUUUAGAACAACGACCUACGAAGCGAUGCACCGACUCGGACUCUGCAUGA